AUGUCAAGUGACAAAGCCUCGAGGCAAAAGCCCUGCCACCACUGCAAGAGGAGGUCGACCUCAGCCCCAGUGGGCACCUCCACGAUCCACUACGAGAAGUCCUGGCUGUACCGCCACUGCUCUUCUCUGCAGCAGCGCGACAGGCAAGCUCAGAAGGCCGGGCAGCUUUUCUCGGGGCUGCUGGCCAUGAACGUGGUGUUUCUGGGCAGCGCCUUCAUCAGCAGCAUGAUUUUCAACCACGUGGCCAUCACGCUGGCAGACGUCUGGAUCCUGCUCUCCAUCCUCAAGGUCGUGUGCCUGUGCUGGAUCAUCUACUACCUGCUGGGCACCAGUCGGCAGCCGCACGCCGUGCUCUACCGGGAUUCUCACGCGGGACCAGUCUGGAUUAGGGGGUCACUGCUGCUGUUUGGCAGUUUCAGCGUCCUCCUGAACGUCUUCCAGAUCGGCUACAGCAUAAUACAAAUCCACUGCAAAUCCAAGGUGGAAAUCGUGUUCCCCAGCAUUGAAAUCCUUUUUGUUUCCACCCAGGCUUUUUUUCUGUGGCAUCACUCCAAGGACUGCAUUCAAGUCCAGCACAACCUCACCAGGUGUGGGCUGAUGCUGACCAUAGCCACUAACUUCCUCCUCUGGCUCUUGGCAGUGACCAAUGACUCCAUCCACAUGGAGAUUGAAUCUCAGCUGCGAGAGGUGGAGCAGCGAUUGGCAGGCAAUGAGACUAAGUCGUGCGCAUGUCCAAACACAACCACCUGCAAAGUCUUUCAGAAGGGCUACAUCCUGCUCUACCCUUUCAACACUGAGUACUGCCUCAUCUGCUGCUCCGUCCUCUACGUCAUGUGGAAGAACGUGGGGCGACGCAUCAGCCACCACCAUGCCCCUCACACCAAGCCCAAGUUCAAGCUCCAGGGGGUGGUCUUUGGGCCCCUGCUGGGCGCCGCUGCCGUAAUCAUUGGGAUCUGUGUCUUCAUGAUGUACCAGAUCCAGGCCACGGGCUCGGCCCCCAACCGCCAGGUCUUCGUGAUGUAUUAUUCCUACUACAUCGUGCUCCUGCCCCUGAUGAGCGUGGGUGCAGUUGCUGGGACAAUCAUCCAUGCCUUGGAAAAAAGGGAGCUGGACACGCUGAAAAACCCAACCCGCAGCCUGGACGUGAUCCUACUGAUGGGGGCAGCCCUCGGCCAGAUCGCCAUGUCCUACUUCUCCAUCGUCGCCAUUGUGGCCACCAACCCCAAGGACCUGUUGAACAGCCUCAUCCUGUCCUAUUCUGUCCUGCUCAUCUUCCAGUACAUCACCCAAAACAUCUUCAUCAUUGAUGGGCUCCAACGGGAACCAUUCGUAACAGCAAUUGAGGCAAGGCACGCAGGACACUCUGGGCAGCAUUCAGUGGCUUCAGAGCUGCCUGGUGAAGAGACAACGACACCAAGGAGCGCACAGGAGCACGCACAGGCCUCGCCCAAUAAAGAGGAAGAAGUGAGUGAAGAGCAAAAUCAUGAAGCACACGACCAGAGACGAGUGAGUGUGCUGGAGCUCAGGCAGGAGUUUCGGAGAGUCUCUCUGUCCUACAUCCAUUCCUACUCUCACCUGAGCUGGAAGAGGAAAGCAUUAAAGGAGAUCUCAUUCUUCUUGGUUUUGUGCAACAUCAUACUGUGGAUAAUGCCCACAUUUGGAGCUCACCCUGUGUUUGAGAAUGGACUGGAGAAGUCAUUUUACGGCUACUCUACUUGGUUUGCCAUCGUGAACUUCGGCCUCCCGCUGGGCGUGUUCUACAGAAUGCACUCUGUUGGGGGACUUCUGGAGGUUUACAUCUCAGCCUGA